AUGUUUUCCCCCCAGACAUAUAACACCAAUGCUCAGGUCCCAGACAGCGCGGGCACUGCCACAGCAUAUCUGUGCGGGGUGAAGGCCAACGAGGGUACGGUUGGAGUGAGCGCAGCAGCUGUGAAAUCCCAGUGCAACACCACUCGGGGGAACGAGGUCACCUCCAUUCUUAAAUGGGCCAAAGACGCAGGCAAAUCAGUGGGAAUCGUCACAACAACACGAGUGAACCAUGCCACUCCGAGUGCGGCGUAUGCACACUGUGUAGACCGGGACUGGUAUUCAGAUGGAGACAUGCCUGCUGAAGCACUCCAGAGCGGAUGCAAGGACAUCGCCAGACAACUCUUUGAAAAUAUCCCUGACAUUGACGUGAUUAUGGGGGGUGGGCGGAGAAAUAUGUACCCCAGAAACACACCAGAUGUGGAAUACCCAGGAGACAAGAAACACAACGGUACACGCAAAGAUGGCAGGAACCUCGUGGGGGAGUGGACUGACAGAAUGAAGGAUAAGAGAGGUUACUAUGUUUGGAACAGGAAGGAUCUCUUUUCUCUGAAUCCAAACAAUGUGGAUUACCUUUUGGGUCUUUUUGAGCCAGCAGACCUGCCCUAUGAGCUCGAGAGAAACAAAGAAACUGACCCUUCCCUCACUGAGAUGGUAGACGUGGCCAUUAAGAUCCUCCGAAAAAAUGAACGCGGAUUCUACUUAUUGGUGGAAGGUGGGCGCAUUGAUCACGGACACCAUGAUGGAAAAGCCAAGCAGGCCUUACAUGAGGCUGUGGAAAUGGACCGGGCCAUUACCCGAGCCGGUCUUCUCACCAGCAUUUAUGACACACUGACAGUCGUCACGGCUGAUCACUCUCAUGUCUUCAGCUUUGGAGGCUACACACAUCGGGGAAACUCAAUCUUUGGUUUGGCCCCCAUAAUGAGUGAUAUUGACCAGAAGCCCUUCACAUCCAUUCUCUAUGGAAAUGGCCCAGGGUUCAAGUUUGUUAACGGUGCUAGAGAGAAUGUCUCAACUGUGGACUACGAGCAAAACAACUAUCAGGCGCAGGCUGCUGUUCCCUUGAGCAUGGAGACUCAUGGCGGUGAAGACGUGGCAAUAUUCUCCAAAGGUCCCUUGGCUCAUCUUCUUCAUGGAGUCCAGGAGCAGCAUUACAUUCCCCACGUCAUGGCCUACGCAGCUUGCAUCGGCCAAAACAAAGGCCACUGCCAUACAAACUCCGGUUCCCCAUCUCUCAGUCACAUCUCCCCUACGCUGGCCCUUCUUCUCUCAAUUAAAUGGCUUCUGUGCUGACCCCUCUUCUCUGGAUCCUCUCUUAUCUUAUCGUGAUUAGAUCAGAAACUAUCCUAACUGGUUCUCUCAAGUGGAAUUCAUGAUUUUUUUAUAACAUGUGAUUAGUUUUUAAAGCAUUGUUUAACAUUGGGACCAAUGUGCGGGCAUUAUGGAGAGCUUGAGGCCAAUUUGAGGAGAUUUUGUUGCAAUAGCGAAAUUUCAAUAAAGUUUUUCUUGCUGGAGUACUGAAUAGCAGAAUUACUAUGAUUCAGUACAGCAGCGCAAAUGUCAGUGUGAUAUUGUCGUUCUAUAAAUAAUAGUAAUAAUAAAUAACAGAAAAAAUUUGGCCAGCAAAAAUACUUCCAAAGGAUGCCAAAUGUUCACACUUUCUGUGUCACAAGGCAACUCACAGAUUGACAGUCUGUCUGAAAUGCAAGUGGAAAGAAUGCAAAUCAGAGGAUCUGAACCAAUUGUUGUAUAACAAGCUCACACUACACCAUUUUAGCUCUGAGAUUUUGUGACUUCUGUCAAGUCACAUGAGCAUUUUCACUGAUCUCUUGUGAAGAUUUUAUCUGCUAUGCAUCAGUAAAAAGAUACUACACUACUGUUCAAAAUUUUGGGAUCAAUACGUUUUUUUUUAAAAGAAAUUUGUACUUUUAUUUAGCAAGGGCACAUUUAAUUUAUUAAAAGUGACAGAAACUUUGUGUUCACAAAGUGACUUUCUGUUCAUUAAAGAAUCCUGAAACUAUGAUCAUGGUUUCCACACAUAUAUUAAGCAGAACAGC